AUGCAGAAGCUCAUUUGGACUGCCGCUGCCGUCAUGACCGGAGUCGUUGUGAAUGCACAUUUUGCAAACCUCGAGAAAGCAAAGUUGACCACGUACAUGGCGCAACUGCGUUCGACUGCGACGAGCCCCAUGCUCUGCCAAGGUGUUCUUGUUCAGCCCAACUUCGCCCUCUUCACUCGAGCAUGUGCUGAAUAUUAUGACACGGCGAGCAAAGUUGUGGUGGCCCCAACUCAGAUGAAUGGCAGGUUAGAUGGAGGCGAGUCAAUCCAAGUGCUCAAGUACCACUACAGUGUCAACAGUACCCUGGACUUUGCAAUGGUAGAAUUGGCUCGACCAUCCAAGUUCCCACCAGUUCGAAUCAUGUGGGAUAACGUCGACCCUGGCAAGCUGGUGUGGCUCCGUGGCUGGCUCCCAUACAACAACACCUUGACCACCCUCGUGGAAACCACAGUUGAAGUCCUUCCGAACGACAAGUGCCACGCGAAACUUGGACGCCCCAUGUUCGACUACCAAGGAUGCAGCGCCAACAACAACAUUGACAAGUGCAGCUCGUACAUUUUUGGAUCCCUCGUCAUCGAGAUCGGUGGAACGGAUUUUUUUGUCGGCACAAUGUCGUUGUACGACUGCAUGGGGUCGCCCAAGUUGCAACUAUUCAAUCGUCUCUCGGCUGGUCGCUCCUUUAUCGAGCCAUUCCUGUCCAAGGGAACGUAG